CGGUCCCCACGUGGGGGGCGGGGUGGGCGUGGCCCGCCGGCCGGCGCGGCCGCUGAUUGGGCCGCCGGCGGCGGCGGCUCCGCUGUUGCUGAGGGGAAGCGCGGCGGGACCGGGCCGGGGCCGGACGGGAGCGGCCGCGGGACCAGCCCCCCCUUCGGCGGCAUGAAGGCGGCGAGGAAGGCCGGCGGCUCCUCCUCCUCCUCCUCUUCCUCCUCCUCCUCCUCCUCCAGCGGCCGCCCCAAGCCCCGCGACAGCGGCGACGACGACGAGGCCGAAGGCUCCGUGCCCCCCCCCCAGCCCUCCUCAUCCCCGCCCCCCCCCCGCAUUAUCCCACCCUCAUCCCGAAGAACACCCCCCCCCCAGCCGGAAAACCGCCACCUUCAAAGCCCGCGCCCCCCGCAAGAAACCCCCCGGCGAAGCCGGCGGCAGCGGCUGCUCCAGCACGGACACAGCCAGCGAGCACUCAGCCGACGACGAGGGGGGGCCCCCGAUGCAAGGGGACCCCCCUAUUCCCGGUGGCAACGAGGCGGCGUUCCGGCGCUUACGGUGCCAACGGGUGCUGGCGCGGCGCGGCGACGGCGUCUUCCAACCGGCCGUGGUGAAGCAGCUCCGGCGCGGGCAGGACCUGGGCGUCCAGUUCAGCGGCGAGCGCGGCGUCACCUAUUUAGAAGGGGGGUUCCUUGGGGACCCCCCCGGCGUGGUGCUGGAUGUGACCCCCCCGGCGGCGGCUUUAACGGUGGGCACGGCCGUUUGCGCCCGCUUGGAUCCCGGUGAGACCCUUUACCGGCCGGGCACCGUGGUGGAGGUGAGCGCCAAGCCGCCCGCCUUCCGCGUGCGCUUCGCCCCGCCGCCCGCCGCCCCCCAAGUGUGGGUCCCGCGGUCGGGGCUCCGCUUGCUGCGCGCCCCGUGGCUGCCCCACGGCGAGCACGACGACGGGGGGGACGCCGACGCCGCGGCGGCGGCGCCGUCAUCGCCGCCGCCGUCGGCACCCCAAAAACACCCGGAGGACGCGGAGGUGUCGAAGCUGAGCGCCGCGGCGCCGCCGCCGCCGCCCCCCCGGCCCCCCAACUCCAGCAGCACCCCCCCAAGCAGCACCCCGACCCCCCCGCAAGCCAAAUACAAGAAGGGGGACGUGGUUUGCACCCCCAACGGCAUCCGCAAGAAGUUCAACGGGAAGCAAUGGCGGCGCCUGUGCUCCCGCGACGGCUGCACCAAGGAGUCGCAGCGGCGCGGUUACUGCUCCCGCCACCUCUCCAUGCGCACCAAGGAGCUCGAAGGGCUCCCCGAAAACAGAGCCGGGCGGGACGGCAGCGCCGACUUCGACUGGGACGAGACGUCCCGGGAGAGCGACGGCGGCGCCCGGCUCCCGCCGCCGUCCGACCUGUCGCGCUUCGAGUUCGACGAGUGCGAAGCCGCCGUCAUGUUGGUGUCUUUGGGGAGCUCCCGCUCGGGCACCCCGAGUUUCUCCCCCGCUUCCACCCAAUCCCCUUUCUCCCCAACCCCGUCCCCGUCCCCGUCGCCCCUUUUCGGCUUCCGCCCGGCCAAUUUCAGCCCCGUCACCGCCUCCCCCCGCGCCCGCGGGCGCCACCUCAGCGCCGGCACCCCGGACCGGGCGAAGGGCUCAGCCCCCCCCACCCCACCACCCCCCCACCACCACCCCCCCACCCCCCCACCCCGUCCUCGCCCCACCUCCGGGGUGCCCCCCGCUCCCUUCCAGCCCGGUCUCACCUUCACGGUGCCGUUAAGCCCCGGGAAGAGGAAACCGGAGCCGAGCCCGGACCCUCAGGAUGUGCUUGUUGGGGGGGGCAGCGCGGCGGGGGGGGGCCCCGCUGUUUUCCGCGCCCUCUCCCCGCUUUUCGCCCCCCGCUCCCCCGCGGGUUUAACGGCGGAUCCCGGCCCCGGCGCCCGCCGCGUCCCGGCCGUGCCCCGCGGCUCCCCCGUCAUCGUGCGCAACCCCGAGGUGCCGCUGCCCGAGCGGGGACGGGUCCUGCCCCCCCACGGCCCCCCCCCGGCCCCCCACAAACCCCCGUUGGCCGCCCCCAUCCCCAUCAAUGGCCCUGCCCCCCCGCCCCACUCCGCUGCCCCCCUGCACCCCGUCGCCUUCCACCCGUCCCCGGCCGCCCUCCUGCCCCUGCUGGUGCCCGGAGAUUUCGGGGCCCCCCCGGCCCCCCGCAAGGAGAUCGUCAUGGGGAGACCCGGCACAGUGUGGACCAACGUGGAGCCGCGCUCGGUGGCCGUGUUCCCCUGGCACUCGCUCGUGCCCUUCCUGGCGCCCUCCCAGCCCGACGCCUCCCCCCAGCCCCCCCAGGGCCACCAGCCUGUCAAUCACCCGCCGACAGCCAAUCAGAGCAAAGAGCCCCCCGAAUCUGCGGCCGUCGCCCCCGAGCUGGGGACGGGGCUUGAGCCGGGGCGCUGCGGGGGGGCCACCCGCCCGCAGAGCCCCCCUCCCGCUGCCCCCCCCGUGGCGCCGCCCCCCGCCGCCCCCCCGGGCCCCGAGGAGGAGCCCCCCCUCCCCCCCCGCCUGGACAGCGAGACCGAGAGCGACCACGAUGACGCGUUCCUGUCAAUUGUGGCCCCGGAGCUGCCGCUGCCACUGGGGCCGGGGAAGAGGCGGACGCAGUCGCUGAGCGCCCUCCCCAAGGACAGGGACGGCGACAAGGAGGGGCGCAGCCCCAGCAAGCGCGACAAGGACCACAUCCGGCGGCCCAUGAACGCCUUCAUGAUCUUCAGCAAGCGGCACCGGGCGCUGGUGCACCAGCGGCACCCGAACCAGGACAACCGCACGGUCAGCAAGAUCCUGGGCGAGUGGUGGUACGCGCUGGGGCCCCGCGAGAAGCAGCAGUACCACGACCUGGCCUUCCAGGUGAAGGAGGCGCACUUCAAGGCGCACCCGGACUGGAAGUGGUGCAACAAGGACCGGAAGAAGUCGAGCUCGGAGGGGGGGGGGCGCGGGCCCGGGCCCGGCCCCGGGGGGGCCCCCAAAGAGCCCCGAGAGCGCAGCGCGUCCGAGAGCGGCCCCCCCGCGGCACCCCCAGGCUCCGCGGACCCCCCCGAGGCCGCGGCGGGGGCGGGGCCGGCGGCGGGGGGGGGGAGGGGCGCAGCGGCCUCGCGCCUUCUCGCACAGCGGGGUCCAGGGGCUGGGGGGGGCCGAGCCCCACGGGCGGCCCCUGCGCGACCUCGGGCAGCUGGUGUCGGGGCCUCCCCCUCCCCCCUCUUCCUGCGCCCCUCCCCCCGCGGCCCCGCGCCCGGCCCCUCCCCCCUCGCUCCCGCCGCCGCCAGCGAGGAGAUGACGAGCGACGAGGAGCGAAUGGUCAUCUGCGAGGAGGAGGGCGACGAUGACGUCAUCGCAGAUGAUGGGUUCCCCCCCCCUCCCCCCACCGACAUCGACCUCAAGUGCAAGGAGCGGGUCAGCGACAGCGACAGCGACUCCUCGGGGGACGAGGGCAAGGCCUUCCCCCGGAAGCUGUUCCCGCCGGCGCCUCCCCCCCCGCGGCCGGAGCUGGAGCCCCCCCAGGAGCCCCCCCCCGCGGGCCCCUCCCCCUACAAAGGGGGCGCCCCCCCCGGCCCCCCCAAACGCUUCGAGGGGGCCCCUCCCCCUCCCCCCCCCCCCCGCAAACGGGCCGACAGCGCGGGGGGGGGCGGGGGGGGAGGGGUGGCCGAGGCGCCGGGGGGGG